AAAAAAAACACAAAAGUCAACUUACAAAAUUAUAAAAAAAAAUACAAAAUGUUGUGAGUUUGCAUGUUUCCGCGACCACAAUUUUAUAAAAAAAAAAAAAUUAUUAUUUUCGAUGAUUCAUUUCUUGUCGAUUUACUAAAAUUAAAAGAGGAAUAAAUAUGAAUAAAUUGGAAGCACCUAACUCGCAAGUUUCUGGGAGUAGUAUGCAGUCAUCAUCAAAAUCACCGAACCCAUCGCCAGAAAUUGAUGAUGGAAGUUCUAAACGACAAGCCACACGAGUAUUCAAAAAGUCAUCAGCAAAUGGAAAAAUUACAGUUUAUUUGGGAAAAAGGGAUUUCGUUGAUCAUAUUUCACAUGUUGAUCCAAUUGACGGUGUCGUAUUGAUUGAUCCCGAUUAUAUGAAAGAAAGAAAAGUAUUUGGACAUGUUUUAGCCGCAUUUCGUUACGGCCGAGAAGAUUUGGAUGUAUUAGGACUAACAUUUCGCAAGGACUUAUAUUUAGCAUCAGAACAAAUAUACCCUUGUCUAAAAGAUAUCAAUGAAACAAGAGGAUUAACCCGUCUACAAGAACGUUUAGUCAAAAAAUUAGGUCCGAAUGCAUAUCCUUUUUAUUUUGAAUUGCCUCCACAUUGUCCAGCUUCAGUUUCUUUACAGCCAGCUCCGGGAGACACGGGUAAACCUUGUGGAGUUGAUUAUGAACUGAAAGCAUUUGUCGGAGAUUGUUCAGAAGACAAACCACACAAACGAAAUUCUGUUCGAUUAGCUAUCAGAAAAAUCAUGUAUGCUCCAUCUAAAAUAGGAGAGCAACCUUCGAUUGAAGUCAGCAAAGAAUUUAUGUUGAAACCAAAUAAAAUUCAUUUGGAAGCGAGUUUAGAUAAAGAGCUUUAUCAUCAUGGAGAAAGUAUAUCAGUAAACGUACACAUUGCUAACAAUUCCAGCAAGACGGUAAAAAAGAUAAAAGUCUCAGUAAGACAAUUUGCAGAUAUAUGUUUGUUUUCCACUGCACAAUACAAAUGUUCAGUAGCAGAAGUCGAAUCAGAGGACGGAUGUCAAGUUCAGCCAGGCUUUACACUCUCUAAAGUGUUCGCGUUGACACCGUUAUUAGCAAAUAACAAGGACAAGUGGGGUUUAGCUCUGGAUGGUCAAUUGAAGCACGAAGAUACCAAUUUAGCAUCAAGCACUUUAAUCACAGAUCCAACUCAACGCGAAAAUUUAGGAAUAAUCGUACAGUAUAAAGUAAAAGUCAAAUUGUGUAUAACGCCUUUAGGAGGUGAUUUAGUGGCUGAAUUGCCUUUUAUUUUAAUGAAUCCGAAACCAGAUGACAUUGAGGAUAUCAUCCUCAAUGAUUCAAUUUCAACGAAUAAUCAUGAGGUCAACAGUACUUCUGAAGAAAAACAGAGCUCUAUGGGCAAUAAUAAGUCAUCGAUAGUUAAGGAAGAUGUGCCGAAUUUAAUUCAACUUGACGGAGACGACACUCAUGAUGAUGAUAUAAUUUUUGAGGAUUUCGCACGUUUGAGACUUAAAGGAGGUGAAACAGAGGCAUAAAUAUGAAAAGUAGAAAAAUACAAUUAUGAAAAUUUUUACUAAAAUCAGUAAUUUGUAUAUGUAUUCCAUAAAAAGCAUUAUUA